AUGAGCCAAUUUCCCCGCCAGAAUCCCUAUGAGUACUGCAGUCUGAGCACUACAGUUCUGAACAAAACGUUACAACGAUUUUGGGAAUUGGAAAAUGUGCCUCAAGAAGAAACCAUAACAGACGAUCACGUGGCAACAGAGAAUCACUUUACAACGACAUACUCUCGCAACCCGGAGGGCAGGUUCAUUGUCAAGCUUCCGUUCCGGAAGAAUCCCAAUCUUCUUGGAGAUUCACGGCCAUUGGCUGUACGUCAGCUGCUCGCUUUAGAACGCAGAUUUGAGAAGAAUCCAAAACUCCGGUCUCUCUAUACUGAGGUUAUGAACGAACAAAUCCGAAACCAAUGGAUCGAGCCUGUACCUGAGAAUUCCCGCUCUACCUCAACAUAUUACAUGCCACAUCACGGGGUUCUCAAAGACUCGACCACCACUAAACUCCGCAUAGUGUUCAACGCUAGCGCAAAAUCCUCAUCGGGUGUCAGCCUUAACUACCUUCUACGCGUUGGGCCUACCGUCCAGCCAACCCUCACUGCCACUUUGCUCCGGUUCAGGCGCCACCGCUUUGCCAUGACUGCAGACAUUUCUAAAAUGUACUUGCAGAUCCUCAUGGACCCAGAUGAUGUUAACUUCCAGAGAUUUGUUUGGAGAAGCAGCAAAUCUCAACCAAUCCAAGACUUCAGAGUGUCUCGUUUAUGUUUUGGGGUCGCCUGUUCUCCCUUCCUCGCCACUCGUGCUUUGCUCCAGUUGGCAAACGACCACCAGACAUCACAUCCGUUGGCUUCCGAAGCACUCUUAACCUAUUUUUAUAUAGAUGACUGUAUCUACUCUUGCGAUUCAUUGGAUGGAGCUCUCCAAACCCGAGCUCAACUCAUCGAAGUACUCUCCAGCGGAGGAUUUAAAUUGGCAAGGUGGUCCGGAAAUCACAAGGAAUUGGCCACUGAGGGCACCAAUGCAGCUACUGACACCCAUUUCGGAGAACCCGACACCAAAGUAUUGGGCCUCAAGUGGAAUUGCAGUUCAGAUUCCUUCCGAUUUGUCUCACCAAUCUCUUCAACGGAGAAGUGCAUCACCAAACGCCAAAUGGCAUCCGCCAUCGCACGUCUAUUUGAUCUAAUCGGACUGAUUGGCCCCAUCGUCGUGCAAGCCAGAAUUCUUCUGCAAGUGGCCCACCGGGAAUGCAAAACUUGGGAUGGUGCGCUUCCUGGGGAGCUUGUGGAAAGGUGGCAAGACUUUACGCUCAAUCUCCAAUGCGUUGAUCAGCUUUCCAUUCCUCGAUGGAUUUCAUCCAUCACAAAUCCAUCUCGAGUCGAGCUUCAUACCUUUUCCGACGCGAGUCAGCUUGCUUAUGGCGCUGCUGUCUAUGUGGUCACUUAUGACUCUAGUGACAAUAUCUGCUCCCGACUUCUGACAGCAAAGUCGCGAAUUGCCCCAAUGGACGAAAUCACUAUCCCUCGUUUGGAAUUGUGUGGGGCAUUGCUAGCGUCCGAACUAGCAGAGAAGGUUCGACCAAUCUACAAUCCUGAUGAAAUGUUCUUCUGGUGCGAUGCAAUGGUCGUACUUUAUUGGAUACAUAGUCCUGCAGAGAGUUACAAAGGGUUUCUGUGCCAUCGACUCCAGAAGAUACAUUCCAAAACCACUCCGCGUCAAUGA